UUCACACUCAGUGUUUGGAAACCUCCCCGACCUGUUAGGGCAGAAGAGCAGGGAUUUUUUUUUUUUCUAAAGCAACCGACAAACUGAAAUCAUGGCACCAACAAGCUGUCUGACUCUGCUCCGGAACCCCAGGGGUUUAUGGAGAACUUUCUUCCGCCCAGGUGUUCAGCUGCACAGGAGCUUGGCGGAUAAGAGCGAUGGUGGUUGGUGGAGCUCUGUGUUUGAACACAAAGUGGAUGCAAGGAAAGAUGCCCACUCCAAUCUGCUGUCCAAGAAAGCGACCAGUGGCCUUUACAAAAUCCAGUUUCACAACGUCAAGCCCGACUGUUUGGAGGCCUACAACGAGCUAUCAACGGAAGUUCAGAGAGAGCUGCACAAUGAUCCAGAUUAUCCCUGUGAAGUUGUGGGAAGCUGGAACACGUGGUACGGAGAACAGGACCAAGCAGUGCAUCUCUGGAGAUACUACGGUGGAUAUCCAGCUCUGACGGAAUGCUUAAACAAAGUCCAAGAAAACAAGGUAUAUCUUGAGUUUCGCAAAGAGAGGAAUAAGAUGCUGAUCUCUAGGCAGAACCAGCUUCUUCUCGAGUUCAGCUUCUGGAAUGAUCCUAUACCCCGACCCGGUCCGAAUAUAUACGAACUGAGAACAUACAGAUUAAAGCCGGGCACAAUGAUAGAAUGGGGAAAUCACUGGGCUCGAGCAAUCAAAUACCGCCAAGAAAACAACGAAGCAGUGGGAGGAUUUUUCACUCAGAUUGGAGAGCUAUAUGUCGUUCACCAUCUUUGGGCCUAUAAAGACCUGCAGUCCAGAGAGGAGACGAGGAACGCGGCGUGGCUGAAAGAGGGCUGGGAUGUCAGUGUAUAUUACACAGUACCCUUAAUCCAGAGUAUGGAGUCAAGGAUCUUGAUCCCCACAAAUAGCUCACCUCUGCAGUGACCCACAGGCUGGCCAUGUGUCACGGUGACCAUCGGGUGGAUUCUCAUCUCCUCUGGACUGCAUUAUACCUGCAGCUGACAGCUUCAGCCACAAGAACAAUCAGUUACACCAUCAUUUAUCUGUCGUAAAAUAUCGAAUGAAAAUGAAUAUUCCUGUGAGUCCACAGUUUUUAAACGAUACCAGUGUUUACUCUGUAUUAUCAUGAAGUACAGCUCUAACAGGGCUACGUACUAUAUCAGAGGUAUCUGCUGCAGUCAAAUUUGCUGCCUUAUUUUUGCAUAAGAAAUUUGCACAGGUCUUUUUGGAGGUUGCAGAGGAGCAGGGUAAUGUGUUCAGGAAAAUACCUCUGCAGGAAAACCACUGCAGUCAACAAUAAAAAUGUUGUGAACAAUGUCAAGCAUGGCGGUGUUAAUCGUGAUGGUUUGGAGAUGCAUUGCUCCAGCGCAACCAGGCCACAUUUUGCUUAUUAUCAAGUAAGACCACGGCUAAGAUCUAGAAAGCUUAUGAGACCCUAACAAAUAGUCUUAGUCUCUCUAGAAGUCUCUCUAGAACCAAAAACUUUCUUAAUUAAAAGCUGGGAGUAAAAAUGGACUAACAGCGGACUGUAUUAAAACUCUUACAUAAAAUUUAUCGUUGAUUCCACAAUUCGGGUGCCAUUUAGCCCUAACUCUUAAAAAAUGAAAUCAUUUUCCCAACAGUUAAUCUAGGAAACAUGCAUUUAACCAUUCAAAACAAAUCGCAAACAUUUAAUGAACAAUUUGAUUGGCACCAGUGAGUCAUGAGGAAAAAUUGUUCAGAACGAGGAGAUCAAACAUAUGAUUUCAAUACUGUGUGCGCAUACUAUACAAUAUAGCAUAUAGCAUAUAAAUGGCAUCUCCUGGUGGCAAUUUUUUCUUCUUCAAAUUUUGCAUAGACUUCAGGGGCAGGGAGUCAAACAGGCCCACCAAUUUUUGUUUUGAUCGGCCUUCGUUAACCUUGUUUAAUAGUUGAUGAACACUGAUUGGUUGAUGGCGGUCAUGUUUUUCAAGAUUCACAACUGUCCUCAUAGACACUGACGUGACAAAGUCCAUUGGACCAGUGGUUCUAUAUUUAAUGCCAAUUUUUAUGUUUUGUCCUGUUAUAGCACCACCACGUGGACAAGCUCUGCCAUUUUGUGCAUGUGACCUCAGAUGGAGCCUAUAUAUGUGUGUGUGUGUGUGUGUGUGUGUGUGUAUAAAUCUAUAUAAUGUGCCAA